AUGAUGGCCAUUGCACGUUCAAUUUUGUUUCUCUACAUACUCGCCGUCCUCAACGCCCACCUCUCCUAUGCGGACGAUUGGAACGAGGCACCACCACCAAAGUGCAGCAAGCUGCUGACACGCAAAGAAUGGCGGACGCUGACGCAUAGCGAGAAAGCCGAGUGGGUGGGGGCUGUCAAGUGCUUGGCAAGCAUACGACACGAACGGUUAUCCUUGACGAAGGACCAGACGGUCCUUGAGGGGAAGAGGAGCCUGUACGACGACUUCUCUUACUCGCACGCAGCAAUGGAGCAUAGCGCGCAUAGGAAUGCCUACUUUUUACCGUGGCACCGCUGGUUCACCUACCUAUUCGACACUUCCCUCCGCCAAAAUUGCGGGUACAGUGGACCAACACCAUACUGGGACUGGUCGCGCGACCACGCAGACCUAUUCGACUCGCCAGUGUUUGAGGACUCGCCAGAAUACGGGCUGGGCAGAACCGGGGACUGCGAUUCUUCCCCUGAGGCGGACUGUAUCGUCACCACCGGCGCUUUUGCCCCAUCCACCGGGAACUUCGAGCUUGCCUGGCCUAUCCCCCACCCGCUGCGGAGGAACCUGACGCUCAUAACCGGCUGGUUCCCCCACGAGCUGCCUCAAAACCGCACCCUCGGCCCAGAGUUUGUCCGCAACUCGACCGAGCAAACCACAGGUGACUUCUUCAGGUUUCAGAAUGCCAUGACACUAUUGCACAACCACGUACACCUUUUCGUUGGCGGUGACUUGGCGGGGGACUGCCCGAAAGUGCUGCCGGAGAAGGAUUGCCAGGGCCUGGCAAUAAGUUUCACGCCUAAUGACCCUCUUUUUUGGCUUCAUCAUGCGCAGCUUGACCGGUUGUGGAGUGGAUGGCAGCGCCACCACCCAUCGAAUUUUGCCGCCUUCUCUGGCAUGCCCCUAAAACCCCACAACAUGACCGACCCACGCUACGACCUCGAAGCGCACGCAGAUCAUCUGAUGCCUUUCGACGUUCAGAGUGUGCCUGUAGCGCCUAGGCGGGUGUUUGAUACGGAGGCUUGGCCAUUGUGUUAUCGAUAUAUGGACGUUGAGUGA